AAUUGGAAUUCAUCUCAUCAAAAGUGCUAUCGCAAGUGCUCUCCAUCUCCUGCCAGCUGGUAUCUGGAAAAUCUUGAAUUACUUGUGAAGAUUACGAUUUCUUUAUUUGUGAAGGUAGAAUAAACAUCCAGCAUGCCACCGAAGAGGUUUCAGACGACGGCCGCCAUGGCUUGUGUCAAGAUUCUUUUGACAAUCUUCAUCGUCGUAUUUUGGGUUGUUGGCAUAGCUCUACUAGCUCUGGGUAUAUGGGGAGUGAUAGAACUGAAGAACUACCUGGCCCUCUCAGACCAGGACUAUUCCAGUGUGCCGUACGUCUUAAUUGGGACUGGGAGCUUCAUGGUAAUGACAGGACUCAUCGGUUGCUACGCUAUCGUGAAGAACAUCACAUGGUUCCUGCAUCUAUACACUGUGAUGGUAUUUGUGGUCUUCAUUGCUCUAUUCGCUUGUGGAAUCGCUGGAUUUAUAUUUGAAAAAGGACUUACAUCAAGUUUCAAGACUGGCCUUGAAACUCAUAUUGAUGACUACGGGGCAGCCACUUCAGACGGACUUGACAAAUAUGUGGAUAAUCUUCAAGAAACUCUUUUCUGCUGUGGUGGUACAAACUACUCAGAAUGGCUCCAUGCAGACAUUUGGUCCCAGGAACACACCGACACUGUACCCGUAAGCUGUUGUAAUAAGACCGUCGACGCCCAGGUCUGCGACGAUGCCACAGAGAAGGAUGGCGUCCAGAUAAGCAACAAUGGAACGCUAUAUAUAUUUGAUGAGGGUUGUUCAGCUAAAGUGACAUCAUUCCUUACCAGUAAGAUGGGCAUCAUCGCUGGUAGUGCUCUAGCCUUUGGAGCUUUCCAGUUAAUUGGAAUCGUGCUAUCAUGCUGCCUUGCUAAAAUGAUUAAUGCCAAUAAGUACGAGAUGAUGUGAGACUAUCAACAUGAAUGAUGCAAUUUCUUAGAUAUUUCAAGAUAGAAAACACUGCGGUAUCUUCACUUUCACCUUUACAUCUCCCUACAUUGCUGAUACCAUAGUUCUAAUUGUUGAGAGUUUGAUUUCGAAAUGUGCAAACAGCUGUAUUAUGUGAGAGGAGAGACCCGAGGGUUACAGCGAUUCAGUACAUUUUUCCCUUCCCAGGCACACGUGACACCAGUUACUUCAGAAUAAUUACAGCCUGCUAUAAAGAUGAGAUUUAGAUUAAGAGUAAUAUACAAUUAUAUUGGCAAAAUAGUAUAUUUAAACAUCUGUAGCGGUAGACUAUCAGAUGUUUUUAGUUUAUUUAAAGGCUGAAUAGCUGUAAUUAAUCAGUGAAAAUUGAUGAUAUGAUACGACACACGCUCAAAUUUAGUCAGGACAUUUACAGUAACUACCAGAUGUGCAAUUGUACAGUUUUGAACAUUGUAAAUGAUGACAUCCCACACCAUUUUAAUUUGCAUACAUCGAGGGGUCAGUGACACAAAGGCGUUACUCAAUAUUUUGCCAAAAUGAGUAUUUGAUAUCAAAAUGUUCAGAAAAAUGUAGGCUUUUCAGGAAACAAAAAGACUUAACUCCACCCAACACCCCAUUAAAGUCAAUGGCUAGUGAAACAUAGACCUAACUCCUUAAGGACCAAGUGCUUAGUGACACAUAAACCACUUUUUCUCACAAUGGAGUUACGUCUUUGUGUCACUGACCCCUCAACAUAUUUUAUCAUGUUUCUCUGUCAUUUCAUCACAGCAUUCAUGAAUGAAGUAACAUGGAAAGAAGAAUUGUGUUUUUUUUAGAACCAGAAGGCGUUAACUCAAAUACUUUAAAACAGAGCUAACGCCCUUCUGGCUCUACUUAGACAAUUUAAUCAUUAACAGAUCUAUAUGAAUCAUGUUUAUGUCUGAAACAAGAAAUUACAAUGUUUUAGGCCCAGAAAGGCCAUGAUUGUUAUUCAGCUUAAUUCUUUUACUCUUUUUUUUAGCAUACAUGUAUAUCAAUAAUAUAAUAUCAUCUCAGCCAUUACUUUUAUUUAGUCACAAUUUUUUUUUUUUAAUGUGAAUAGAUAUGAGAUUUUUUAAUUUUCAAUUGAUAACAAAUCAGCAUUAUUUGAGGCAGAGGUAAAAACUUUUAUUGUUAAGUUUAAAAAUCGGUGAAUCUAUACGCUACAGCAAAGAGUACCAUUUAUACGUUUAAUAUUGUCGUUAUUUUCAAAGUGCUUGCAAUAUAUGCCAAGCAGGGUAUCACGUUAAGUUGUUUUAAGCAUGUGCAUUUUCUGUGACAAAGGGUCUUUUUAUUUUUAAGUUUGUAAUAUAGAAUUUCCGGUAUUUAUUUCACAAUAGGCUGAUGUAGACUAGCUGUUAUCUAGACCUUCAACAUUUAUGUAGCAUUCUGCACGCAUUAGAUAUAUUACAUUAGUCAUAUAGAAUUUUUAGUAGCUUGUAUUCAUCUAAAAAGUGUGAGUUGGUGGCUAAAGUUGGUAUAAAGCCCCACUGCACUACUUAUAGCUACUUGCGCCCUCUAUAUA